GCAUUUGACUCAGUAGUGGCAGGGGAUCUAGGAUUUCCACUUGUCAGUUAUUCCCUGAGAGCGAAAUCAAGUGCAUCCCUACAGCUAAAAUGUCAAAGUUGGAUCAGAUCCUCGUCCUUGACCCUCCCUGCGACCUCAAAUUCAAAGGUCCUUUCACAGAUGUAGUCACCACCAGCCUCAAACUGAGGAACCCUUCUGACAAAAAAGUGUGUUUCAAAGUGAAGACAACUGCGCCGCGCAGAUACUGUGUACGGCCCAACAGCGGGGUCAUCGAUCCCGGAGCAACUGUAGUUAUCUCUGUCAUGCUACAACCCUUUGAUUAUGACCCAAACGAGAAAAGUAAACACAAAUUCAUGGUGCAGACGAUUUUUGCCCCGUCACACGUUUCUGACAUGGAUGCAUUGUGGAAAGAUGCAAAACCCGAUGACCUCAUGGAUUCCAAGCUGAGAUGUGUCUUUGAGCUGCCUUCAGAAAACGAUAAAGUGAAUGACGUCGAGGCGACCAAAGCGGCGGCUGUGAUGAACUUUGCAAAGGGCGACUCUGCAGCAGCCGCGGUGUCCGUGUCCGCCUCAGCGGACGAUCCAGAGAUGAAGAAAGUGCUGGAGAAAUGCAAGAGGCUGCAGGCUGAGCUGAACAAGCUGGCUGAGGAGAACCGGCAAAUAAAGGAUGAUGGCAUUAGAAUGAGAAAGAUGCCUCGUUCAGACCACAUGACAUCGAACUCCACUACCCUGCUCGGCCGAGAAGCCAGCACCGCCUCCCUGCCCUCCCUCCUCGUCGUCAUAGCAGCCAUCUUCAUCGGGUUCUUCCUAGGAAAGUUCAUCCUGUAGACUGGGAGAUGCAUGCCAGUCGUACCCUCCCCUCCCUCCCCCCAUCCCCACCUCCCCGGCUCCGGAAUAAAACAGGCCUGGAAAAAAACCAAGAAGUCUUUGUGUUGACUUUGCCAUAUCAUUGGUAGUGUGGCCUACAGUGAACACAUCUGUACAGCAUCAUUCAAAGGCGUUGCCUUUUUACAAUCUUACGCGGUUAUUAGUGCAGAGUUGACAAAAGAAAGGCGACAAAAAAAGUGAUUGUUUCCUUUUUUUUGUUUUCUGUUUUUUUCUUUUCUUUUAAUGGCUGGAUCAUAAGGUAAUGUGGUGGGACAAUGAGAGUUGUAUGCUAUCAGUCAACAUGGAAGAUGCAGCUAGAGUGAACCAUGGGCGAGAGGUAGUUUAAAAGAUCCUUUUUUUUUUUUGCUCUGUUUGUUUUUAAUAGGAAUGGAAUGUUAGGUGUCUUGUAAAUGUUUUAAAUCCUUUUAAACACAAAAGGAAAGAACUUCCAUCAAAAAGCCCUUGCUACCUGUUGCUGGAUCGCCUCAAGUAAAUUUGUUCAGUUUGUAAUUUCUACUUCUUGUCUUGGAAUGUUCAGGUCCAGCUGGGGAUAUUAUAGGUGCCUCCUUGUUUGUUUCUGUCUUUUCCUUUUCCUCAAAACACCAAUGCAGACUUUAUAUUAUUAAUAUUAUUAUUAUACAAAUCAUAUAUUCCUUCUGAGGCAAAUGUUGACUAAAAUAAGGUCUCAUUCUUAAAAUCCUGUCCUAUGGUAUUAAGCAUUGAAGAAAUAAAAAUGAGAAAAAUAUGGUU